AUGGGAUAAGGGCGGAAUUGUAGCGAUUUCCGGAUUCGCUGGAUUGGCCUGCUGGGAAGAAAGAAAACAAGGGAGGUGGAAAAAACUCCAGGAUUUUGAGUUUUAUCACGCGUUUAUAACAGUUGUGUCGUCAGAAACAAAAUGUCGCAGUCUGGAGAAAAAGGAAAGUUCCCUGAUGCUGCAGGAUAUGUGGGAUUUGCCAACCUGCCCAAUCAGGUUCACAGGAAGUCUGUGAAGAAAGGCUUUGAGUUUACUCUGAUGGUUGUAGGAGAGUCUGGUCUUGGUAAAUCAACCCUGAUCAACAGCCUCUUCCUGACUGACCUCUACCCAGAGCGCUAUAUACCUGGAGCGGCAGAGAAGAUCGAGCGCACGGUCCAGAUUGAAGCGUCCACGGUGGAAAUCGAGGAGAGGGGAGUGAAGCUCCGCCUCACUGUGGUGGACACGCCUGGAUACGGAGACGCCAUCAACAGCCAGGACUGCUUUAAGACGAUCAUCCAGUAUAUUGAUAAUCAGUUUGAGCGAUACCUGCACGACGAGAGCGGCCUGAACCGCAGACACAUCGUUGACAACAGAGUGCACUGCUGCUUUUACUUCAUCUCUCCGUUUGGACACGGCCUGAAGCCUCUGGAUGUUGAGUUUAUGAAGGCGAUCCACAGCAAAGUCAACAUCGUUCCUGUGAUUGCCAAAGCCGACACGCUCACGCUGAGAGAGCGAGACCGUCUCAAGAGAAGGAUUUUGGAUGAGAUCAGUGAGCAUGGGAUCCGGAUCUACCAGCUUCCCGACGCUGAUUCGGACGAGGAUGAAGAAUUCAAGGAACAGACGCGUGUCCUAAAGGCCAGCAUCCCGUUCGCAGUGAUCGGCUCCAACCAGCUGAUAGAGGUGAAGGGGAAGAAGAUCCGCGGACGCCUGUACCCGUGGGGGGUGGUGGAGGUGGAAAACCCUGAACACAACGACUUCCUCAAACUGCGCACUAUGCUGGUGUGAGUACACACACACAUUGAGGUGUCUUAACCUCCUGAGUAUGAGAAAAGUGAGAGCAAAG